GUGGAGGAUCUUGGGGAGGAGUGGCGACUUCCAAUCACACACCGCCCUACAGAGAAUUUAGAUCGCGAUGGCCUCGAGGCUGCAUCAGUGGAUACGCGCAUUUCGUCGUCAAACAUUGGGUACAAACUGUUAAUGAAAAUGGGGUGGAAAGGCCAAGGUCUGGGCAAAAGUGAGCAAGGAAUCACCGAGCCGAUAAAGGCAGGAGCUCGAGACGGUAAGCUGGGGGUUGGAAAACAGGAACAAGACGAGUUCUACACUGCGGAGGAGAAUGUCGAGAGGAAGAAACUGAAUGUGGAGGUGGAAGAGACCGAGGAUAUGGCGAAGAAACGAGAGGCUGAAUCGGAGCGAGAGAAGAAGAUCAAGGAUGAGUUGGCAGAAGUCCGCAAGGUGUUCUACUGCGAACUGUGUAAUAAACAAUACAAGCUUGCGACGGAGUUUGAAGUGCAUCUGAGCUCAUAUGACCACAACCACAAGAAGCGGUUCAAGGAAAUGCGUGAUCUUCAGGCAGCAAAGACGCGAGAUGAUCGUAUCAGACGCGAGCAACGACGGGCGGAGAAGGAAAUGGCUAGAGUUACGCAGACGGAGCUUCAGGCGCUCAGGCGAAGAAACCGCGUAUUGAUGCAAGGGUUGCAGCAGUUUUUAGUAUGAACAGCGACGACGAUCAAUGAAAGUGAGGGGUUGCUGCUGCAGGCUGAUUUUUUUUGUUCAAGGCGGUCUGACGAGGUCAGAUGUGAGGAGCCCGGUGUAACGAAAGAUGGGCAUCGAAAAGUGACAGUGGAUCUGUAGUACGACCAUGGCAUGGGCGUACUUUUGUGAAUACGGCCAUGGGAUGGGCGAUGGGCGUACUUUGUGACAGCGAAUCCGUAGUACAGUGUGUCAUGUUGUUAACUGUUUUGGUCGCUGCGUUUACGUUCACAUGUCUUGGGAGCGGCCUUGGUCUUCUCUGUAUGUGAUACGGGCAUCGAAAAGUGACUGUCACUUUUCGACGGUUGUAUUGGUUGGUUGCGGUGGUCGUGACUAUAUUGUAUUGUUGGUGAGUAAUAGAGUCUCUCUCUCAUAAGUGUAUGUCUUUUAUUUUGUGACAUUUCACUGCUUUUUUUUUUUUUUUUUUUUUUUUUGUUAACCUCGCGUGCAGUUCUUAACGU